GGCAAUCACACUCGGUCCUUGGACUCUUAGACAAACCCAGAGGGGACGUCGCUUAGUGAAGGAAUAGCUGAACCGAUGGCAUCGAGCGAACUUUCAAGUGAAAACCUUAAGGAGAUUUUGGAAUUCUCCAAAGUUCUUGCUCGAGAAGCCGGAAAACUUAUACUCGAGGGAUCGGACGCCAUCUUGCGAUCCAAUGCGGAUGCAGUUGGAGAGAAGAAGAACUCUGUAGACCUUAUUACUCAGUAUGAUAAGGCUGUGGAGGAUUUGGUGCGCAAGAGGACGGGUAGCGCAUAUCCGUCCUUUGGCUUCAUUGGAGAAGAGGAGACAGCGGUAUUAGGAAAGCUCCCCGAGCUCACAGAUGGUCCAAUUUUCUGUGUCGACCCAAUUGACGGGACGACGAAUUUCGUGCAUGGUUUCCCUUUCGCUUGUAUCUCUAUAGGUCUCAUUAACCGGAAGCGCCCUGUUCUUGGGGUUAUUUACAACCCGUUCAUCGACUGGCUGUACUACGGAGCGCUUGGUCAUGGUUCAUACCUUGUGAAACCAGGAGGUGCUCAGUUCAAGCUGCCUCUCGCACCUCCACGUCCACUACCUUCUCUUUCACAAGCACUGAUUGCAGUAGAAUGGGGCUCAGAUCGUGGUUUAGCUCCAAUGAAAGCUCGAGCGGAUUCGUUUGUUCGUCUCGCAGGUGAUGGGGAGCAAAUUGAACGUGGCAAAAUGGCGCACUCACUCCGGUCGAUGGGAAGUGCGGCUUUGAAUUUUGCCGCUGUCGCUUCUGGAUCGCUGGAUUUGUACUGGGAAAUCGGUUGUUGGCCUUGGGAUGUUUGUGCAGGAACUAUCAUCGCUCAAGAAGCGGGUGGCAUUGUCAGUACCUCCGACCUGUCCGUUCACGGCGGAGAGGUUACUGGUGAUAUGUCCGAUAAAGUGCUAACAGGCAGGAAAUACAUUGUCAUGAGAGCUAUAGCGGAUUCUGAGAGAGAGAAGGGAGUAGAUAUACAGAGGCGUCUUAUCAAAGAAUUCUGUGAAACUGUUGAAGAUUUCACGCCAAGCUCCAAAAUGUAGAUGCAGGUGUCGACCAGAAAAGCAUUGGGUGAUUCGACGUAACAGAGAUAAGCACACAGGAUCCGUAAUAAACAAAUCCAGUGUCCAAUAGAUUGCUACAUAGGAGUAGAAAGAUGCUCAAGAAUCGUAAUGUAAUAAU